AGCACAAAGGGAGUGCAGAAGAAGUGCUCACAUUUGAUGUAGAAACCAUGCCCACAUAUCAUACUUAUGCCAUCAUGGCAUGUGCUGCCCUAUAGAAUGCCUGGUACAGUUGGAUAUCACCCUGGUUGCUCGGGGAAUCUGUUGAGCAACAACACCCCAUUCCCUUGGGGAAUACACUUUCCCUGCACAUAGUCGUUGGUCACAACAUCUGCUACGACUAAGUGCGCAUUCUGGAGGAGUACAACUUACAUGGAACUCAGUCCUGCUUUCUCCAGACAAUGACUCUGCAUGUUGCAGUGAAGGGAAUAUCUUCCUACCAAAGACCUGCUUGGAUGAAGCACCGCAAAUCCAAGGAGAUUCAGAAAGUAUUUUGGCCAAAGUGGUACUGGGAUCUCGCAAAGCCCCAGAAAGACAUGUCUCCCAGCACAUUGGAUGUCACACCUGAUUUCUAUAAUCCCACAAAUGACAACCUACAAGAUAUGCGCUUGGAGGGCUGUUUUGUCUUCUACAAGUUGCCACAUAAAGCCAGUGACUCGGAGAAGGUGAAUGUGGGGAGUCUGCCUGGGAAAAUGUUCGUGGAAUAUGCAGAAGAUGGGAUGCUCACAAGCUCUGGUGACGAAGCGAAGUAUGCAUUGGACAUGAUUGCGCAGUGCAGCUAUUGGAUCAGUGCACAUGAUUGCAUCUUGAAUCAGAUGGUAGUCUGGCAGCAGGGAGCAUUAGCUAUUGAGAGAACAUGGCUCACAGCAGGCAAUGCAAAGAAAAACCGCGUUAACUCAGAGCUCAAUGCCAUGGUGCAUGUGAAGGGAUGUGUCAGACAAUAUGAUAUCAAGGCACAUUAUCUCAUCUCGGGGCACGACAAGUUAUGCUACUUGGGUGCCAAAGAAGAUCGCUAUCAAGCUGCACUCACGCUGCAGAUUGCCAACCUAUGGACAUGGAGCCUUUUUGCCUUUAAACUGGGAAUGGAUGACUUACCUCAGGGGGUCACAUUCUUCUCAACUAUUGAUAUCGACAAGGUACUCAGAAAGGAGGUUGAUAUGCCAUGCAUCACACCCUCUCAUCCUGACCCCACCCUACCUGAAAAGAAAGUUUGGGUAUUUCCGGCAUUUUGGACAAGACAAACAGUGGUUCAUUGUGGAAAGAUGGACGCCUCAUGA